UUAUCAUUUCCCAACUCGAUCGACAAGGAUGGACAAUGUUGAGCUGUUUUGUUGAGAGAAAAGUACGGUCUACCUGAAAAAGUUCCAUUGAUAGAUAUGUCAGGUAGCGAACAAGAGGGCAAAGGAGAAGCCAAAAUGGUUUCAAUCCCCUUGUCGUCCGACGAGGAGACACCAGUAGUUUACUUUGAAUUGUCUCUCUAUAAGGUACUUGGACAAUACAUAGAAAAUUUGAUGUCUGCAUCAAGUGUAUUUCAACCAGCCAACCCUGACAGCAAGAAAAGGUAUGAACAGCAUUCAGUAUUUUGUCAUCAGCAUUGUUUGCCUGUGCAGUUUUAAUAAACAAUUAGAUUAUGAGC